AAGUGAAUUUUUAAUCUUUUUACAACAAUAAAAAAUAAAAUAAAAAUAUGCUUUCAGUAAAUUCUUUCCUCUCUCUGGCGAGGACUAAAUUUGCUCAGCAUUCAACACGGAAAAUUGGCCAAAGUGUCUGCACAGCCAGAGAGAAAUUGUCUAGCAAAUCGAGUCAAUGACACACAGGAAACAAACGUCAAGAAAGGGGCCCUAGAUUGGCCCAAUCAGGCAGGCAUUAAGUGACCAAGAGGGUUGGGGACGCAAAGGAUGGUACACAAAGACGCAGCGGCGCGCGCCCAGGGCCCAACGCGCCUGCGCAGGGUAGCGGCCGUUCAGUUCCGCGGCUCGAGGGCGGAAGCGCUGGAGCUCCUAGUCAGCGCCAGAGCUCGAGUCACGUGGUUGCGGGAGGAGAUGGGCGGGGCGGGGAACGUGCCUCCGAGUCCUGCUGGCUUAAGGGGCGCCGGCAGGGCGUGUGUCCUCCCUUAAGAGUGCUACUCGCCCGAGGUCUGAUCUGUGCAUGCCUUUCCCGGGUCAGGCGGUGAGGUCAGCGCCUGCGAGUACGCGGCGGUGGAGAAGGGCAGCCGGAGACAGGCCAGGCGGCCCUUAGGAGGCUGAACGGCCCCGGCUUCACGGAGAUCAUGGCAUCGCUGGUGGACCGAAUGCGGGGCCACGGUCGAAUCGCGGUCGGGCUCCUGUUCAACCUGCUGGUGUCCAUCUGCAUCGUGUUCCUCAACAAAUGGAUUUAUGUGUACCACGGCUUCCCCAACAUGAGCCUGACCCUGGUGCACUUCGUUGUCACCUGGCUGGGCUUGUACAUCUGCCAGAAGCUGGACAUCUUUGCUCCCAAAAGUCUGCCGCCCUCCAGGGUCUUCCUCCUGGCCCUCAGCUUCUGUGGCUUUGUGGUUUUCACUAACCUUUCUCUGCAGAACAACACCAUAGGCACCUAUCAGCUGGCCAAGGCCAUGACCACACCGGUGAUCAUAGCCAUCCAGACCUUCUGCUACCAGAAAACCUUCUCCACCAGAAUCCAGCUUACGCUGAUUCCUAUAACUUUAGGUGUAAUCCUAAAUUCUUAUUACGAUGUGAAGUUUAAUUUCCUUGGAAUGGUGUUUGCUGCUCUUGGUGUUUUAGUUACAUCUCUUUAUCAAGUGUGGGUAGGAGCCAAACAGCAUGAAUUACAAGUGAACUCAAUGCAGCUGCUGUACUACCAGGCUCCGAUGUCAUCUGCCAUGUUGCUGGUUGCUGUGCCCUUCUUUGAGCCAAUGUUUGGAGAAGGAGGAAUAUUUGGUCCCUGGUCAGUUUCGGCUUUGCUUAUGGUGCUGCUUUCUGGAGUGAUAGCUUUCAUGGUGAACUUAUCAAUUUAUUGGAUUAUUGGGAACACUUCACCUGUCACCUAUAACAUGUUUGGACACUUCAAGUUCUGCAUUACUUUAUUUGGAGGAUAUGUUUUAUUUAAGGAUCCACUGUCCAUUAAUCAGGCCCUUGGCAUUUUAUGUACAUUAUUUGGCAUUCUCGCCUAUACUCACUUUAAGCUCAGUGAACAGGAAGGAAGUAAGAGUAAACUGGCACAACGUCCUUAAUUUAUUUUUUGUGAAGAAAAGAAUGUUUUCCCAAGAAGAUAAAAAAAGAUUGUUAAGUGUGCAAGUUACUAAAAAAAAAUGGUGACUGAUUCAAUGAUUGAAUGAUUUGUAAGAAUUAACACAAAGGAAAUUUUAUUCAUAAAAUGACUUUUUUUUGGUCUCUUUUAAAAAAAAACUUAAUUCUCUAAAACCAAAAUGGUUCAUGCUUUUUUUCAAAGAUGAUCGUAUGAAAUCUAUGGGAUGGGGUGGUGCACGCCUGUAAUCUCAGUGACUCGGGAGGCUAAGACAUGAGAACCGCUUGAGCCUGGGAGGCAGAGAUUGCAAUGGGCCGAGAUCACACCACUGCACUCCAGCCUGGGCGACAAAGCAACUCUGUCUCUCUAACACUCUCUGUCUCUCUCUCUCUCUCUCUCUCUAUAUAUAUAUAUAUACAUAUAUAUAUAUGUAUAUAUAUAUGUGUGUGUAUGUGAAUAUACAUAUAUGUACACAUAUAUAUAUGCACACAUACAUAUAUUUAUAUAUUAACCAUCCCAUAUAUAUAUAUAUGGGAGAUAUAUAUAUAUAUAUAUAGAGAGAGAGAGAGAGAGAGAGAGGGAGGAAGGAUGGUUUGGUUAUUCCAAGCAAAGCACAUGAAAAUUAAAGUUCUAUGAUAAUGACAAAGGAAUUGCUGUUGCUGUGCUGGAAAUGUGCUGUGGGUUCUCAGUGUUCAUACUCUUCUAAGGAAGAACACAGUAGCUCCCUGCUUGCUGACAGAUGGUUUCCCAGUGUGAGAUUUGUUAUUUGGAUCAGAGUAUUCAAAUUGGAAUUUAAAUCUAGUGUUUCUCUUUUACUUUAGUUUCCUAAUGAUUUAUAGAAAUGAAAUCUCAUGAAGUAGAAUAAAGAUGACUGUAAGACAAGAUGCAAUUCUAAAAGUAUGAUCUUUUUUCUAGUAGAAAAUUGAUGUAGGAAGUCAUACAUUAUUCAUACAUUUAUGGGUCAUUUCUUUGAGUUUUCAUUGAACUAUAGAAACUAUAUAUGGAGUUAAAAAAACAAAAUAGUGGUCAAGCACAAUGGCUCAUCUGUAAUCCUAGCAUUUUGGGAGCCUGAGUCGGGCAGAUUAUCUGAGGUCGGGAGUUGAAGACCAGCCUGAACAACAUGGAGAAACCCUGUCUCUACUAAAAGUAUGAAACUAGCCAGGCGUAGUGGCACAUGCCAGUGAUCCCAGCUACUCAGGAGGCUGAGGCAGGAGAAUCGCUUGAAUCCAGGAGGCGGAGGUUGCAGUGAGCCACGAUUGUGCUAUUGCACUCCAGCCUGGGCAACAAGUACAAAACUUCAUCUCAAAAAAAAAAAAAAACCCUGUGUUUAAAUGGCUCAAAGAAAAGACUAUAAAUGGAACUGAACAUGUUUCUUAUCCUGGUAAUUUUUCCCAGCUGUUUGAGCAUUUUAUACUGGUAAUUUUAUUUUAUUUUAUCUCAGUGUCACCCAGGCUGGAAUACAUUAGCACAGUCAUGGUUCACUGCAGCCUCAACCUCCUGAACUCAAACAAUCCUCCUGCCUCAGCUUCCCCAGUAACUGGGACUACAGGUACACACCACCACACCUGGCUGAUUUUUAUAUUUUUUGUAGAGACAGGGUUUUUACCAUGUUGCCCAGGCUGGUCUCAAACUCUUAAGCACCAGCCAUCUAUCUACCUUGGCCUCUCAAAGUGCUGGGAUUAUAAGGAUGAGACACCACACUUGACCAAUAAUUUCUUUUUUAUUUAUUUUUUGUUGUUGUUGUUGAGACAGAUUCUUGCUUUGUUGGCCAGGCUGGAGUGCAGUGGUGCAAUCUCAGCUCACUGCAACCUCCAUCUCCUGGGUUCAAGCCAUUCUUCUGCCUCAGCCACCUGGGUAGCUGGGAUUGUUACACUGGCUGGGAUUGUUACCAUGCCCGGCUAAUUUUCGUAUUUUUAGUAGAGACAGGGUUUCAUCGUGUUGGCCAGGCUGGUCUUGAACUCCUGACCCUGUGAUCCGCCCACCUUGGCCUCCUAAAUCCUAGGAUUACAGGCAUGAGCCACUGCGCCCAGCCUGCCAGUAAUUUCUUAAUCCUACCUCCCUGCUUCUAUUGCCUAGCACAUACAUUUGAGGCUUCCAUGGAGCUUUCUACGGUACUGAAGGAUUUGGAGUGAACUAUAUCCAACCUUUCUAAGGUGGCUGGGGAAAAUUCUUGUACAGCAAGUCAGGACAAAAACCAUAUAGACGUUAGGUAGAAAAAUUGGGAUAUUAGAGAAAAUACAUGAUUUCCACUUGAGGAAAUGGAAUGCCACAUGUUUACAAAAUGUAUUUCUCCUUUUCGUCUUCUUGACAUCUGAAUAUUAAAAGCAGUUGUUAAUUUCAUGUAAUAAAUUGAGUCAGAUCAUUACUCUUGUAAUAAAUAAUUGCUUUGCUAAAUGUUAUUUGUAAACUUUGAUGGAGAAAGCAACUCUUAAGAUAACAAAGAUCAGCCUGAGCAACAUGGCAAAACCCUGUCUGCAAAAAAUACAAAAAUUAGCCAGGCCUAGUGGCACAUGUCUGUAGUCCCACCUAUUCAGGAGGCUGAGGUGGGAGGAUUGCUUGGACCCAGAAGGUGGAGGUUGCAGUGAGCUGAGAUCGUGCUACUGCACUUCAGCCUGGACGACAGACUGUACUCUGUCUCAAAAAAAAAAAAAAAAAAAAAAGAGCCACAAAAUAUACCUUUUGGUAAGAUAGUAAAUGUUAUGUUAUAUGUUUUUUAACACAAUAAAACCUGUAUACACACAUAUAAUAUACCUUUGGGAUUUUUAGGAUUUUUUUUCCUGGACUCUGAAAUGAGAAUCCUCACUGAAAGUCUGUUUUGGAGAAUUCCAGUUUGUCGGUCAGUCUCUUGUGUAAUUAGUACAUGUGGCUUCCUGUUUUGCUCUAAAUAUUCUUCAGUUCUUCUCACUUUACGAAGAUAUAUGUUUUUUGUCCUAAGAAGGACAGAGCCAUUAGUUUUUACCAGAUAAGCCUUGAGUAUUAUGUCUAAGAAACAUUCCGUGUAUGUUUAAGUUGUAAUUAUUUCCCAAAAGCUGAGAAAAGUGUUUCAACACAGUGAGCAUUUGACGUCUGCACUGAGAACAGCUGAGUUAUUUGUGCCGUGUAGAAAUUAUUAACUGUGGGCUGGGUGCAGUGGCUCAUGCCUGUAAUACCAGCACUUUGGGAGGCUGAGGUCAGGAGUUUGAGACCAGCCUGGCCAACAUGGCGAAACCCUGUCUCUACUAAAAAUAUAAAAAUUAGCUGGGCAUGGUGGUGGACGCCUGUAAUUCUAGCUACUUGGGAGGCUGAGACAGGAGAAUCACUUGAACCUGGGUAGUGGAGAUUGCAGUGAGCCGAGACCAUGCCAUUGUACUCCAGCUUGGGCAACAAGAGUGAAACUCUGUCUCAAAGCAAAAAAAAAAAAUUCUUGACUGUAAAUAGAACUUGGGGAAAGUGUUAUAUGUGUCAGUAGGAAUGCAGUAAGAAGAUUGGAGUAAGACAGGAUGGGGUCACAUGUAUAUAAAUGAAUAAAAUAAGUACUGCUAGAA